GUAUAUCACCAGCUUAAAGACCAUAUCCCGAAGAAAGACGCGUUAAUCGAGUUGGAUAGGAAUCCGGAUAACUUUGAGGCCUUUUUGGAUUCGCCGGCAAUCCCUAGUUCUGAGCAGCUUACAGUUGGGCAUGUGAAAAAGUUUGUCCCAUGUACCAGCAAUCUCGAUCCUUAUCUGAGGAAAUUAAUCAGAGAACGGCGUCAAGGCAUGGAAGAUCCAGUAAAAGAGCUUGGGCUAGGCACAGUAGUGAUACCACCAGUUGCGAAGUAUCUGUUUGGGGACGAGAAAGUUUGGAAUACUGUCAAUACCCCGCUUGUGGAGAUGAAGCUGGAUGCUGUGUGUAACCUUGUGAAACGCUUGGACAUUGCCCCUAAUAGACUUGACAAUAUCAUACGCAAAUUCCAACAACUUAAUCUUGGCGGUCUCGUUUUGGCCUCGUGUCCACUUCAAGAUUUGAAAGAUGCGCUAGGGAUCCCUCUUGGGGAUUGGACUAUGGUGCGCCUUCUCGUCGAGACUUUGAAAGCUUUUGGAGCAAACGUUCCGGGUUUGAAAUAUGACAAGAGAAAGGCGUUGACGUUACCUGAAGAGGACGAAGAUGUCGCAGAUGUCGAAGUUGAAGUUACUCGUCGUGAUACGAUCGUUCACUCACCAUCUAACAUCGAUGGUGGCCUCAACAGAGAUGAACACCGAUCACAAGUGGCUCAUGGAGAGUCUUUCAGGAAUGGAUCUCAAGUAAGUAAAAGGAAUGCUCAAACUGAAGGUGACCUCGAUUUGGCACCAUCUUCUGGAAAUUCGGUGCGAUUUGGUGAUGCUCUGGAAGAUGGUUUAGCUUCCGAUGCUGAUAGCACUGAAUCUCGCUUCGGAAGCCGAGAGAAUCUCCUGGACCCAGAACCGAUUCUAAGUCGGAAUUCCAGUACAAGCAACGGAAGGUGA